AUGGUUGUCAUCUUGGGUUUGGCAUCGGCCUUGGUGGCGGCUACAUUCUUCUCUGGCACCCUCGCCCAUCCAGACCAUAAAGACCCUGCUCUCCUCCGCCGCGCCCUCGGUGAACAGGCCUUCCACACCAAAAAUGGAGCACGCUCACUCCAGGCCUGCUCGGGAUCAGCGGCGUCUCUAGAGCUACAGAAACAAGCUGCCGUACGCCGAGCAGCCACUGCACAACGCCUGCGCGAAGAACGCGGCCUCACUGCCCCCAUGCGCCACCGCCGCGACCUAGCAGACGUGGAGAAAUGGAUGCAGGUCUCCCACGACCGCACCUCCUCCCACGACUUCACCUCCACCACCCCCCCCUCCGAAGUCUUCGGCACCACCUCCCCCUGCAUCCUCACCCCCGAAGGCGCCACGGGCCCCUACUUCGUCGCGCAAGAGCUCCUCCGCACCAAUAUCGCCGAAGACCAACCCGGCGUCCCGCUAUACCUCGACUGGCAAUUCAUCGACACCUCCACCUGCGGUCCCGCGAACCUCAUCGUCGAUACCUGGUCCGCUAACUCCACUGGGCAGUACUCCGGCGUCAGCGACCCGACAGAGUACUCGGGACUCAACACCACAUUCCUCCGCGGCGUCCAGCAAACCGACUCCGAAGGCGUCGUGCAAUUCACCACAAUCUUCCCCGGCCACUACUGGAAUCGCGCAACCCACCAACACGUCCUCACCCACACCGGCGGCACCCUCCUCCCCAACGGCACCUACACCGGCGGCCACGUCUCGCACAUCGGACAACUCUAUUUCGACGCCUCGCUUCGCGCUGUUGUGGAGGCUGCGGAGCCGUAUAAUACGAAUACGCUCCCGCUGACGACGAAUGAGGAGGAUGUGUGGAUUGGACCUAGUGCGACGGAGGUGGUGGAUCCGUUUUUUGAUUAUGUGCUGUUGGGGGAGAGGACUGAGGAUGGGAUUUUGGCGUGGAUGGUGAUGGGGGUUGAUGGGGCGGCGAAUUGGGAUGCGCUUGCUGGGCCGGCGGCGUAUUGGGGGGAGGAUGGCGGACACGAUAAUCCGGAUGGGGGGUGGGCGGGGAUGUUUCCGCCGCCGCCGGCGAAGAAGUAG